GCAAGAGAGAGAGAGAGAGAGAGAGUCAUAAAUGCAAUAAUUACAGCUUAGGCUGAAAUAAGCAAAGCAACUCUCCUGGUUUCACAGGCUGCCUGCGUCGCUAACAACACUGCCGUCCCGCUGACUCAGAGGGCCCAGGAGCCAUUGCUCUGUUCUACUGCACUCAUUCCUGGGAUUUAUUUGUCACUAGAACUUUUCAUUUUCAGGCAUGGAUUUGCUCCUGGAUUCUGGUUAAAUUCUAAUUCUUUCUCCCAGUCAGAAUUCAAACAGAACUCUGUUGUUUUGUUUGUUUGUUUUGUAAAAACAACAAAACUGGAAUCAUUUACUAUGUCUGUGACUGCCCUGUUCAGGGGAAAGUGGGGGCACAAGUCACAGGAAACCCCGGAGAAGCAAAUAGCAGCUCUGGUUCAAGCCAGCCAUGACGAGGAUGAUGACGAGGAUGACUCCAAAGUUGGUUUGAGCAGAGAUCCCAUCCAGAGGAAUUCACGCUUUUACCGCUCAAUGAGGAAGAAGAGGCUGGCCUCAUCUGAGCUGUCUGAAAAUUCUUUGCGGCCUGGUUCGGACCGCAGUCCAGCUAACAGAGCAGGAGUCCCCUCCUCUAAUGCUCCUUCACCCCACAAAUCACCUUUGUUGCCCGGGGCUAGACGCCCUCAGCUUUCACCACAGCUCCAUCAUUCCAGAGCUGGGUUGCCAAGCAAUGGCGAGGCCAGCAGCAGACUCGCUCUGUACAACAGGGAUGCUGAGGAUAGGACAAGAGGAGGAGUAGGAGGAGGGAGGAGUGCGGUUAUAUCUGCUGUCUCCAACAGCCAGAACAGAGAUCUCACAGCUGACAUGCUCACUUACCGGACUCACAACAUCCACAGCGGAGACAUUAAAAAGCUGUCCGAGCAAACGGCCGCGGUUUGCACUGUACAGGAGGUCAGAGGGAACACCAUGAGCUCACAGCGGCCCAUUUCUGGCGGAGCAGAGCAGGAUAACAUCAACCUCAGGUUGCUGAGCAAUGGCGACAGCUCCCAGACAAUCUGCCACAGCCUGAACAUCGUCAAAAACAUUGCCUUCCUGUAUCAGGAAUAUCGGGACACCUCCAAACAGCAGGAGAUUGAGCAACGGCGGCAACUAGAGAACCUUCCCCCUGGGGUCACAGCAGGGACUGUGGUUUCAGGAUCUGUCACGUCUCCCCCAACAUUACAGCUGCAGCUGAGGAACAGCUCUCGCUCACUGAGCUUGUGGCAGAACCUGGAUGUUGUGCAGGCCAGUGGUCUGCUCACCCAGCUGCUGCAGAAAGAAGUCAUAAUGCAAGAGGCCAUGUUUGAGCUUGUUACCUCAGAAGCAUCCUACUACAAGAGUUUGGAAAUUUUAGAGACUCACUUCCUACAUAACCCCAUUUUGAUCAACACUCUCAGCCAGUCCGACAUGCAUUUUCUCUUCUCCAACAUCGAGGAAGUCAUGAAAGCCAGUGAAAGGUUCCUUAUGGAUCUUGAGCACCGAAUUGAGAAGUCCAUUUUGAUUUCUGAUGUGUGUGACAUUGUUUACCACCACGCUGUGGAACACUUCAGUGUGUUCAUCAAAUACGUCAUCAACCAGGUUUACCAGGAGAAGAACUACAGACGCAUUUUAGAGGGGAACCAGGCAUUCCGGGAGACCAUGGCUGCACUGGAGAACCAUCCACGUGUCAGGGGUCUGUCCUUCACCUCCUUCCUAAUCCUUCCUUUCCAGAGAAUCACACGGCUCAAGCUGCUAGUACAAAAUAUCCUGAAAAAAGCUGAGGAAAACUCAGAGAGGGAAGCAAAUGCUAUAAAAGCACAUCAGCAGCUGGAACAGAUUGUAAAAGAGUGCAAUGAAGGGGUGAGAAAAAUGAGUCGCACUGAGGAGCUUAUCAGCAUUGAGAAAACACUGGAGUUUAAAUCCAAGUCUGUGCCAAUCAUUUCCCACUCGCGCUGGUUGCUGAAGAAGGGUGAAGUGCAGCUAAUGGCUGGGCCUAAGAGCACUAGGACCAUGCGGAGUCGUAAGCUCUACCAACCAGUCUACUUGUUCCUUUUCAACAAUCUGCUUCUGGUCACCAAGCGCAGCUCCAGCGGGGACAAGUUCCAGGUUCUUGACUCAUGCACGCGGGCCAUGCUGAGGACUGAAGAUCUUGAAGACCAGGGUCAGCAACUGGCCAAUGUCUUUAAUCUUAAACUGCUGGAGAACCAAGAGGAGCGUCCAGUCAGCUACAUGCUCAAGGCCGGCAGUAUGAGUGAUAAGCUUCGGUGGACGUGUGCUCUCACUCCUAACCGGCGCACACGCUUUAUGUCUACCAGUGCCCACCAACCAGACUCUCCACAGGUGCAGUGUAUUCAGUCAUACUCAUCUCAGGAGCCAGAUGAACUCUCCAUUGAGAUGGCUGAUGUUUUGAACCUCCUGGAGAGAACAGACGAUGGCUGGAUGAUGGGUGAAAGGCUCCAUGAUGGCGAAAGGGGCUGGUUCCCUAGUCGAGUCGUAGAGGAGAUCCAGAGCAAGGAGGUCCGAGCUCAGAACCUGAGAGAGGCCUUUAGGAUCCAGCAGGCCCAGGAAGGUGGAGGAGGCCCGCAAACUGGAACCAGGGUUGGUUUAAGGCCGGGGAGACGUGUCCCGAAGGUCUCCAGUUUCUCCAAUCCUUGGACUGAUCAAAUAGGGGAGAGCAGUGAAGUAAAGCAGUGAAUUAGUAACAGUGACACAUUCAAGUGUCACAUUCAGGGCCAUAUGCACUAAGAGAAAAAGAAUCAGGACUUAAUUCCCAUACUAUGACAUCCUGUCACUUUGAUUUUCACUUAGCAGUGAAUGUGUAGUGUUUUAGAAAUCCUCAGUUUUGGUCUCUGGGACAAAUUAUUAAAUAGUUAAUAACCUUGUACAAGCAAUGCUGCAUGUCUCAUAUAAACGUGUGCAGAAGGUCUUUAGUAGACCCACACAAUGUGGUGUGUAAUGCAUGGAGGUUUGGAGCUGUGUGUGGGGAUGGCAAGAACCUUAAAUGUUCUUGUACAGUUCUGUAACCAUCCCUCAGUUGCAUGGGCAAGUUUUAAAACUUUUCAUGUGUUAAUUUCAUUGUUCAAUACUAAAUUAUACCCUACACCCACAGCAUAAACAGUUAAGUGUCUAAUAAAAUAAAACAUUAAAUAGUAUUAGUAUAAAAAAACACAAAUGAUUAAAUGAAUGAAUAAUAUUCAAAGUGCGUCAGCUAAAGUGACAUAUGAGUAUGAAACACUGACAAUAGCCAGACCUGAUUUCUGGCUAUGAAAGUGUGAAAAUCACAUUUAAACACAUUAUGGAGAACAGCAGCAGUGGUCAGCUUGGCUUCACAGCAGUUACAACAAUGACAAGUUUAC